AUGUCUUUCGCGAUGAUUGAUCUUGCUAAAGUGGGAGAUGAAGAAACUAUUAACAGUUGGAUUACAAAGAAAAAUUUGAUACCAAAGGUGUUUGGGCAUCUCUUACCGCGAUACGAAAAUCAAGUGAAUGGUUACACAAGAGUAUACAAAAUACCACCACGAAAGAGAGAUAUGGCCAAGAUGGGCAUUGUGGAAUUUGUUGGAAAUGAUCUGCCUCCUUUGUUACCAUCAGAGGAAGAACUGAGAAAGUUACAACUGAAAAAACUGACAGAGUUGACCCCCAAGGGGAUCCCCUCUCAAGGAACCCUUGUGUAA